AAUUCAUUCUACAAAAAAACCUUCCACUCUGGCUUGGUCUCUGCGCAUCACGUGAGUGUGGUGCUUAUAGUGCACUUAAAGCUAUGCCUGGCAUUCCAGUAGUAAAACUCUUCACAACGUGACUGCAACGAAUUAGUCACUGUAGUCACUUUCUGUCAGACGACUUUUUCAAAAUAACACACAUGACACAAUCCAAUCAAAGUGAUGCAACACCUAUGACAACAUGGAUACUUGAAUACAGAAGAUGCUUAUCCCAAACGGUGCGUAUUACGCGUCUAAUACCACAGCGAUCCGCGUUUUAUGUGCUGAUUCAAGACCAAAACAAAGCUUAAGCGUAAGACCAGAGUUGGCAGGAGGGGUGCAGCUGGGGGAUUGUAGAGCAACGGACGUCAAAUUCUAAGGAUGGAUAUCUGGCUUAGAACCAAACACUGACUCUCCCAGUGCUACCACCGGUAAUGUCCUUAACGAAAUGCAUGGUCUUUACCAAAUGCGCCUCCAAAUAACAGUCUGCCUCCCCAAGAGUGAGCGAAAACCCGGAUUGCAGCAGAAUAUUUCCUUGUUACCAGCCGUAACAGGAGUCUACAACGACUUCUUAAGCAAAGGACUACUGAUGGAAUAACCUGUAACGAUUCGUUGGUUUAUGCCGGAAAACCCCUCACAACCUCCGUUUUUGUCACUCGAUUCCUUAAAAAAAUAAAAUAAGGAAUGUUUGGAUUAAAGACACAAAAGCUGUUUGGUGUUCUCUCGGUACCGGUCAUUGUGGCAGUGAUGUGCUGCGCACAGAGCGCAAACGAACCCGGGAAUAUGUCUUUUGUCAAAGAAACGGUGGAUAAACUCCUAAAAGGAUACGACAUUCGCCUUCGCCCAGACUUUGGAGGAGCGCCGGUGGCAGUUGGAAUGAGUAUAGACGUGGCGAAUAUAGACAUGGUGUCUGAAGUCAAUAUGGACUACACGUUGACCAUGUACUUCCAACAGUACUGGAGAGACAAGCGCCUGGCCUAUUCAGGGAUCCCCCUCAACCUCACCCUGGACAACCGGGUGGCUGACCAGCUCUGGGUGCCGGACACCUAUUUCCUGAACGACAAGAAGUCGUUUGUGCACGGCGUGACGGUGAAGAACCGCAUGAUACGCCUCCACCCGGACGGCACCGUCCUCUACGGGCUGAGAAUCACCACGACAGCUGCCUGUAUGAUGGACCUGAGGAGGUACCCUCUGGAUGAGCAGAACUGCACUCUGGAGAUUGAGAGCUAUGGCUACACAACAGAUGACAUUGAGUUUUACUGGAAAGGAGGAGACAGUGCUGUGACCGGUGUUUCACGCAUCGAGCUGCCACAGUUCUCAAUAGUGGACUACAAGCUGGUCUCCAGGAAUGUUGUCUUUUCCACAGGUGCCUACCCACGACUGUCUCUGAGCUUCAAGCUGAAGAGGAACAUCGGCUACUUCAUCCUGCAGACGUACAUGCCCUCCAUCCUCAUCACCAUCUUGUCCUGGGUCUCCUUCUGGAUCAACUACGACGCCUCGGCCGCCCGCGUGGCGUUAGGUAUUACCACUGUGCUGACAAUGACCACGAUCAACACCCAUCUAAGAGAGACACUACCCAAGAUCCCUUAUGUCAAAGCCAUAGACAUGUACCUUAUGGGCUGCUUCGUCUUUGUGUUCUUGGCCUUGUUGGAGUACGCGUUUGUCAACUACAUCUUCUUCGGGAGAGGCCCACAGAUGCAGAAGAGGCUCGCAGAGAAAGCCGAGAAGGCAAACAAUGACCGCACGAGAUACGACGGCAACCGGUCUGUUCAGGAGGGGGGCAAUUGCAAGCCAUCAUCUGUUAAACCGUCCAAUCAGGUACAAGGGAACCAUGACUCACAGGGGGUCGAUGCCCAGGGCAACAUCCUCAUGACCACCCUGGAGAUCCACAACGAGGUGUCCAGCAACGAGAUCACCACCAGCGUCGGCGAAACGCAACGCAACUCUUCCUCCAUGGUCUUCGACAACUCAGGGAUCCAGUACAGGAAACAGAGUGUGCCGCGCCGCGACGGCCGCCACAGCCUGGAGCGCAGCAGCAUGCACCCCAAGAAGCCACGGCUGCGACGGCGCUCCUCGCAACUCAAGAUCAAAAUCCCUGACCUCACAGACGUGAACUCCAUCGAUCGAUGGUCACGGAUAAUAUUCCCUGCCGCUUUCUCCCUCUUUAAUAUGGUCUACUGGCUGUACUAUGUGAAUUAAGGCCACAGAUGGGAUGUUUUUUUCUGUACCCUUUUUUUUCCGUUCUUUUCUCAACCAGGAGGGAAAAUGACGAAGACUGGUUGUCAUGGCACGGGACGUGUUUCCACGCCACAUCUGUGUUUUUUUUUUUUCUUGAGGCAGUGAGAACAGUGUUUUCUUGGGUGGUGAUAUGCACUAAUUUGGGCCAAUGCUGUACCGUUUUGCCGCGUCGAGAAGCUGCACUGUUCUUUUCGUGAACAUACCCAUGCAGUAUACACACAUCUUUUUGACACAGACACAAAAAAAGACCAGUGCCAGCAUCGAGACUUUCAUUUUGUAAACGAUUCUGUACAUACACACGGCAAACUCUCGGAAGCCUUUUUGGACUUCUCGCAUGAUGCUCCCCGUGUCCCUCCCCUCUUUUACUACUAACACCCUACAAAGCGAGAUAUGAACUCUGACCUGUUGAAGAUUCUACAGUGGAAGCCAUUAUUCACAGACACUUCAUGCCAAUAUACUCAUAGCAUUCAAAUGUUGACAUCAAUGAUUGCCAUUGUUGCUAUGUCGAGUUUAGGUAAUGCAAUAUACUAAGGGGUGUGGGUUUUAAUUUUUUAAGGUUUAGUGUUUUUUUUUUGUUUUUUUCUUCACAUCAUUCACAAUAGUAUGCUUUGGACUGUACAUGAAGUUACCAUAUUAGGACAUUAUAAGAAACGCCAAUUUGUGAAAUGCUUUUGAACGAUGCUUUCCAUUUGCCUUCAGUUGAUAUGUCACACAGAGUUCAUUAUUUCCUUGCGAAGUGCUUCAGUAUGUGCUCCCAGUGACAGUAAACAACAACUGUGCGCUCCUCAGUCUCCCCUCAUUCUAAGCUUGCUCUCACACACACGAGUUGCUCUUAAGAAUCACAGGCUAUAUAGAAAGUCAAUGGAAAUAGUAGUUUGAUGGAGACAAGUAAAGGAAGGUGAUUAAAUAUUUGCUGCUCAGAGUUUCACCGUGAUAUUUUAGUGACAAACAGACAUUGAAGUGGAUUGCCUGAUUUGCAAAUGAAAGCUUGGCUGUUCCAGAGAGAGCCUCUUUGGCCAGAAUGUGCUGUGUGCUUUGGAUGGAUCAUAAGUCCCUAAACUUGAAAACAAAUAUAUUCAAAUGUUUGACUAUUUUGUUCCUUUGGGGUACCUUGUCUCAAGAAAUGAGAAUAAUUCCACAUCUUUUUACUACACACGACAUGUACUCAACACAAAACUUGCCUCAGGUUCCAACAGAAAAUGCUACUAAUAUUAAAAAUGAUCCCCAUAACAUAUUUUUGCUAUUGUUAAUAAUAUUGAAGCUCAUAUUCAUGUACUCUUUGUUGUAAUUACUUUGUAAUAUAAUCAUUCUUACUGUACAUGCUUUACUUCAUAGCUGUUUUUUCUUGAUAUUACGCAGCAUGAUAUUGUUUUGUCACAGGUGACUAUGGUGACGACCCACUUCACAGUCACAGCCACACAGCAGGAACUGUGGAUCUUGCCCUGGGAAUAAGUGAUGUAGUUCAUAUUGUCACAACCCACGGUCAUGUCCGUAUGAUUGUUUUCCAGUAUUCAGUGUGUGCUGUCUGCCAUGUCAGGUUGCUGCACAGUUUUGUUGUGUUGCCAGUUGCCCACCAUAACCUUGAUUGCUCCUCUCCUUACUUCUGUUGUGUGUUGUAAAUAUAUGCCACAUUAUCCAGA